AUGUCUGGCAUGCUCAAGAAUGUGUUUGGCGGCGCCGAGUCGUCCGGUGAGGUCAAGCCCGAUGAUGAAUUUGCGGACUUUGUCGAGGCGCCUCAACCCUCUCCCGCCUCUAUCCUCGGUUCGUCGUCGACACCAGCUGCUGUGCCGAGCAAUGGAGCCGCUGUUCCCUACACGGCAUGGUACCGGGUGUGGGAGCGGGCAUCGCCCAAGGACUUCAUGCAGGAAGCAAUGGUCCUGCCCUUCAUCAUCCUAAUCGUCGCUUUCCAUCUCUGGGGCACGCGGAAGAACAGGCGCAAGGCCAAGCAGUGGGCCCAGGCUCACGCGACUGCUCUCCGGAACGAGUUUGCGGUGGUCGGAUUCGGUGGCCUUCACAGAGGCGAUACUGCAACUCCCGAAUUGGACUCUGUGGACAGCGUGCUCAAGGAAAAGUCUCCUCAGGAGUUCAUUUCUUACGCGACGGGUCGGCAGAAUGUUGCCUUUGUUGACAUUUCGGUUAAGCUGCCUAAACGGUACAACCCCGUGACCUAUUGGAUGGACUAUGCGUUCAGCUUCUUCUGGGAGACCUGGCCUGCUCCUGCUGAGAAGAUCGAGGCUACUUCAUACGCGUUCGAUGGCAAGGAGAAGGAGCUGGUUCCAGUUCCCGCUAAAGAUUCGUCGUCUUUGAAGGUCAACAACUCGGCUUAUGAUGGAUUUAUAUGGGCUAUUGUGCACAAGAGCUGCAUGCGCAAGUUCCGUCAGGACCGCUACGAUGCUUCAAUCACUUUCACCAAGGAUAACGCCAAGCUACCUCCCUGGGUGACUGUGAUGACGGAGAGUGCUGAGAUUACUGAGGCGCUUCUUACUCCGGAGUUGAUCAAGGCUGUUGAGCAGGCUGGCCAUGAUUUUGAGUACUUGAUUGUCACUGACCAACCCACUGAGAAGCCAAUGAAUUCUAGGAUUGAGGAAACCACCCCCAGAAAGCGCAUUGGUCUGUCAAUGAACGUUCCUUCCGCCUCUGAUGCCUACGCCAGCACCCUGCCGCUUUUCCAGCAAUUCCUCGGUUUCGCUGACAAGCUCGUUGCGUCUGCGCACUUCCGUGCUGAGGUGACGCGCAAGGUCCGGAACGUCCGUGAAGCUGAAAUCAAGAAGCUUCGCCGUGCCGAUGAAGAAGAAAAGGCCGAGGAACGCAAGAUUGCCGCAGAGAAGCAGAAGAAGGAAGAGCGGGAGCGCAUUCUUCGGGGUAUGAAUGCGGAGGAGCAGCGCAAGUAUCUCGAGCGUGAGAAGGGGAAGGAGAACAAACGUUCUACGAAGAAGGUCACUCGGAGGGCAUAG